AUGCCUUGUGUUAAUGUUUUUCACCUUGUCUUCUUUCUCCUCUUGCUGCCCAUUUUUGUUGUUGCACAAAAUCGUAAUAUAAGUGUACGUGAAGGGUACUAUCUCACUGCAGAUGAUGCGGCUGCUCCAUGGCUUUCCAAUUCUGGUGAUUUUGCUUUCGGGUUUCACCAACUUGGCAGUGAGGAUCACUUCUUGCUCGCCAUAUGGUUUAACAAAAUACCAGACAAAACUAUAGUUUGGUAUGCAAAUGGAGACAAUCCUGCGCCAAGAGGAUCCAAAGUUGAGCUAACUUCUGACCGUGGGCUAGCACUCUACAAUCCUCAGGGUGGAGAGAUAUGGAGAUCGCAAUUCACAAGGGGUGCAGUUGCUUACGGCAUAAUACUGCACGAUACAGGCAACCUCUUGGUUGUAGAUGAAAAUUCUGACAACUUGUGGGAGAGCUUCAAAUAUCCUACUGAUACAUUGUUGCCUACUCAAAUAAUGGAGAGAGGUGGGGUUCUUUCUUCCCGACAAAGAAAGAACUUCUCACAGGGAAGGUUCCAGUUUCGCUUGCUUUCACAGGGAAAUGCUGUGCUCAAUCCCAUAAAUAUGGUCAGCAGCUAUAAUGAUGGUGGUGCAUACUAUAUUAGUGAGACUUCUGAUUCUGCCAAUGAUUCAAAUUCUGGUUACAGAGUGAUCUUCCAUGACUCUGGUUACCUAUACAUAGAAAGAAAGAGUGGAGAGAGAUACUACAUUACAGAAGAGUACUAUGCUAAAGACCCUGCUACAAGCUACUAUCACAAAGCAACUCUUAAUUUUGAUGGCGUUUUCACCAUUAGUCAGCACCCAAAGAAUCCCACUGCCAACGAUUGCUGGACAGUAAUUCGACGCAUACCAGAUAAUAUUUGCCACGAUUUAACAACUGGCGUGGGUAGCGGGCCUUGUGGAAAUAACAGUAUCUGCUCAAUCGGGAAUGAUCGAAGGCCGAGUUGUAAUUGCCCACCAGGGUUUUCUUUGACUGAAAAUGAUCUGUACGGCACCUGCAAACCUGAUUCCAUACAAGGCUGUGAAGAAGAUGGGAAAACUCCACAAGAAGCUGCUUCAUACAAAUUAGUGGAGCUACAAAACACUGAUUGGCCUUACAAUGAAUUCGAGUCGUUUAGGUAUUAUGAUGUGGAGAACUGCAAAGCAUCUUGCUUGCAGGAUUGCCACUGCGUUGCAGUCGAAUAUAAAGGCAACAAGUGUUGGAAGAAGAAGCUACCGCUCAAUAAUGGAAGACACGAUAGGGAAACCAAGGGGACUGCUUUCCUUAAGGUAAGAAAAACCAAUACCAUUUGGCAAACCUAUUGGCAGCGUCAGGUUCCGGAGGCAACAAAAGACCAAGACACUCUGAUUAUUGUGGUGUCAGUCCUACUAGGUACUUCUGUGUUUGUGAAUCUCUUAUUUGUAGGUGCAUUUGGUUUGGGUAUUUUGUACUAUUACAAAAAGAAGCUCAAAAGAAUCAGUCACCUAGAUGAUGGUGUUGUGGAAAGGAAUUUGCGCCAAUUUACCUACAAAGAGAUGAUGGAGGCUACAAAUGGGUUCAAGGAAGAACUAGGAAGAGGUUCCUGCGGUAUUGUUUAUAGAGGGGAAGUAGAAAACGGUGCUAUUGCUGUCAAGAGGUUAGACAGAGUGUUUGAAGACAGCGACAAGGAAUUCAAAACUGAAGUGAAUGUGAUAGGCAAAACGCAUCACAAGAAUUUGGUCCGGCUGCUUGGGUACUGCACUGAGGGACAGCAUCGUAUGCUGGUGUAUGAGUUCUUGAGAAAUGGCACUUUAGCUAGCUUCCUUUUUGGGGAUUUCAAACCCAGCUGGACCCAGAGGACUAAUAUUGCGGUCGAGGUUGCGAGAGGACUAAUCUACUUGCAUGAAGAAUGCAGCAGCCAGAUUAUUCAUUGCGAUAUAAAGCCGCAAAAUAUACUUCUUGAUGAGUAUUACAGUGCUCGCAUCUCGGACUUUGGAUUGGCAAAGCUUUUGUUGAUGAAUCAAAGCCAGACCAAAACUGACAUUAGAGGUACCAAGGGGUACGUUGCACCUGAGUGGUUUAGGACCUCACCAGUCACUGUGAAGGUUGAUGUCUAUAGUUUCGGUGUCGUGCUGCUAGAGAUCAUUUGCUGUCGAAGAAAUGUGGAUAUGGAGGCUGGAGGAGAGAGGGGUAUUCUAACUGAUUGGGCCUUUGACUGCUAUCAGCAAGGCAGACUGGAUCUUCUAGUUGAAGAUGAUCGAGAAGCCCUCAAUGACGUGAAGAAGCUGGACAGGUUUUUGAUGGUUGCCAUUUGUUGCCUUCAAGAAAACCCCUCUCUGAGACCCACUAUGAAGAAGGUGAUGCUUAUGCUUGAAGGAAUCGUUCAAGUUCCUGUUCCCCCAAGUCCAUGCCCAUUUUCUUCCAUUAGCUAAAAGCUCCGAUUGUUGGCUGUCUUUCUUCAUUUACCAAUCCAUCAUGGCUGGAUGUUUAUAUA